AAAUGUGAAUUGCAAUGGGAUUGCUCAUGUUUAAACAAUUUUAAUUGAUUAAUUAACAACCAAAUCACCAAAAGCAAUAACAAUAAACGCCAAAAGUCUCAUAGGAAAAUCACAAAAUCAAUUUGAUCAUAUUUAACCUUUAACUUGUUGAAGUGUUUUUGUAAAUUGAUAAGCAAAUCGUCUGUUAAUCAUUAUUACAAGACUUAAUUAAUAACUUACAUUGAUUCAGUAAUUCAAUAUUACAGCCAGUAAGGCAACAACUUGGCCUAACCAAAACAUCAACAUUUUGUGUUUGUGUUUAAAUCUCGCUAGUUUCAACAAGAUGAAACUCUGUGAUUGUGAUUAACAUUACAAUUAUCAUUUGUUUCAUCGUUUAGUUUCAUCUUUCACCAUCUUUAACUCAAUUUACUGACCAAAAGAUGGACUAAGAAACACUCUUAUCCCAAGCUUGAUUGGCCAGUUAAACCUUAAACUCCACCUUUUGCUUAGUUUUUUUCAACAUUUGCUUUUUUCGCUGCAAACUAAACUCACUUGAGUUGUUGAUUUGUUCAGGUUAACUUGUUUUAUUUUUACAACAUGAAACAAUUUACAAACCAUAUUAUACAUUAAAAAUGAUCAAUUUGUGCUUUUAAUCAACUUUAACUGUUUCUCCUAAACCAGCAUUUUCACUGUAACCAACGUAACCAUAAGCCAAGUUUAACCUGUUGAAUAAAUUUUACCCAACAUUUGCUGUGUACAAAAAAACAGCAACCUUUUAAUAUUUGUGAUCUUCACUUAUUUACCUUCUUACUUUCAAUUUUAAUGCCUGCUGAUUAAUUGCUGAUUAUAAUAGUUGAUUAACUAACAAUAUACCUAUUGUUAUUUUUGCCCUAAUCAUCAUCUUUUACAUUGAAAUUGUAUUCUUGAUACAAGAAGGAGAAGAGAAACAAAAAAGAUCAACUUGAAGAGCUUUUGUUUUGUUUCCACAAUAACAACAACUUGUCUUUACCUUUUUAAUCUUUGCUCAGUUACAAUUAAUCAAUUGAACAUCAUCUUGUUCAUCAUCAUCUUGAUCAUCAUCAACAACAACAAUCAUCUUAUUCUUCUUCUUUGGAUAAAACAAGAUAAUUCAAUGAUCUUCACAUUUAAUCAACUCACUUUAUCAAGCAACAGUGAGUAUCCUUUUUCAACCAUGGAAACGUCAGAUUCAAAGUGUAUUCAAAUAAAAUCCUACAGUUCAACCAAAUCACCCUUUUCAUCAUCUACCUCAACAAGCAACAUUUCAAGCUUACCAAUGUGUCUAUCAAAUGUAUCAUUUUAUCCUUUUACCUUCUCAACUUUUCGUCCAUCAUCACCAUCAAAUUCACAUUUAUCAUGCAUUUUCCAAUGUUCACAUGUUAAUAAAUCAUCAUCAACGUCAUCCAAAUCAACAACAAAAAGCAACUCUUUCUCACCGCAAAACCUUUGGAUUGCAACUUUAAUGUUAACACUUUUUACAUUGACAAGUCAUCUGGCUGAAGGUUUAAGGAUUCGUAGGUUAACAAGUAUACCUGAAAUUUGUGCCAAUGUUACCGAUUUAACUCAUGACCAAUUGAUUGCUUGUCGUGAACAAUCACAAGCUGUACUGGCUGUGUCUGAAGGAACCAUCAAAGGUAUAUUCGAGUGUCAAGAACAGUUUAAAAAUGAACGCUGGAAUUGCACUCCAGACGCUAAAGGAAACAUCUUCAACAAAACACCUCAAAGAGGUAGUCAAGAGACAGCCUUCUUCUAUGCAAUUACCAGUUCAGGUGUGGUCCACUCAUUAAGUCAAACUUGUCGAAGUGGUAACAUAACUGAUUGUAGCUGUGAUAGACGUAUGACAUCUUCAUCUGACGGUGGCUGGAAAUGGGGUGGCUGUUCAGAUAAUAUUGAUUAUGCCAUGAAUUUUGCAAAGAAAUUUGUCGAUUCUCCAGACGAGGAAGUUCUUAAACGUAAACCUGAUGAUCCUGAAGCACUGAUGAAUCUACACAAUAAUAGAGCUGGUCGAUUGGCUGUAUAUCGUAAAAUGGAGAGUAGAUGUCGGUGCCACGGUAUUUCUGGUUCUUGUGAAUUGAAAACAUGUUGGAGAGUUUUACCUAAUUUCUCACAAGUUGGCAGUUAUUUGAAAGAAAAGUAUGAAAAAUCAAUCAAAAUAAAGAGAAAUGUCAAAAGCAAAGACAAAAAAGGUAUCUCUAAAAGGAGGAGAGGUCGUAAAGCUGAUCAGGUUAACGAAGAUGACUUGGUUUAUAUUCGUAAAUCUCCCAACUAUUGUGAGCAUGCACCUCAUUUGGGCAUUUUGGGUACUUCAGGUCGCCGUUGUAAUAAAAACUCAGAGGGACCAGAUUCUUGUGACCAUUUGUGCUGUGGUCGGGGCUAUAAUACCCAAACUAUUGUUAAACCUGGCCUUUGUAACUGUCGUUUUCGCUGGUGCUGUCAAGUUAUUUGUGAUCCUUGUCAAUCAAAGGAGGAAUUAAUUUAUACGUGUAAAUAGCAAGUUUUACAAAAGCAACUCAUCAACAUACAAAUGAUUGAAGUAACAUCUCAAAUCUGAAGAUCAUGAUCGUAGCUAAAAAGCAAGUCAAAGUAAAGUUUAUACAAAUUGAAGGAAAGAUUGUUUUACCAGUUAUCAUCUUUCAAAAUGUCUUUUAUUGUGUUAUAAAGUUAAAUCAUUUUGAUUGUGGUCUAUGAAACAAAGACAAGGUGAUCGAAAACCUGCCAAAUUUAUUCCGUCAAAGAGAAGGGUAAAUUACAAAUCCUCUUCGCUACCUUUUUGCAUUUCUCCUGGUUGGUCAUCUCUUUAUAACCUACAAGUUACCUGACAAAACCUUAAAUUGACCAUAACAAUGCAAUUUUUGAGCUUUUUUGAGCAUCAACUUUGAGCACCGAUAUUAUCAUUGCUGUGUGUUUAGGCAUGCAUUAUUAUUGAUUAGACCCGACUUACAAGAGGGAUAAACAAAGAAGGCGGAAGGAAGGCCAAAAAAGCAAAGCGAUCUUCUCAAAGAAAUAAACUAAUCCGUCUUAAUGUGAGCUUUUCAUGGUCUAUCUCAAGUUCAAGAACUUUUUCUCACUGAAAACAAGUAAUACAACUGAUUAUCAAUUACCUUCAUCGCUUUCAAAAGAUUCACCAAAAGAAGGAUCAAAAAGCCAAACCUCUAAAAUAAUUCAAUACUGGAACCUGAGAUGGGAUUAAGAUGAUGACCGUUAUUAUCAUGUUCAGAAGAAAAAUUAAAAAGAUUCAAUAAGUUCAUGUGUAAAUGAAGAUCAAUGAAGAUCAUGGAAAGCGUUAUAAUGAUAAUACGACUUGGAAUCUGUAUUUAGCUGCACGCAAUGGUUUGGUCACUAAGUGAUUUUAAUCAUUGGAAACAUUAUGCUUGAAAUUACAAGAGAGAAUAUAUCUGAUUAAUUUGAGACAAUCCGUUUACUUAAUUGGGACGAUUAAUAUCAAACGGAGUUGAAAAACACAAGAAUUAACUUAUCCUUUGAUAAAAAAGAAGCAUUUUUAUUGCAAUUAUUAAAUUGAUUAUUAUUUUUAAAUACUAAAGCAGUUAUUGAAGAAACACACAGCCAAUUAUUGGAACAUUAAGAAUCUCUUCUCUUGAAUCCAUUCAACUAUUCAAUCCAUUUCAAGUGUUUUCAACAAUUUCAAGUCAAUUAAUUUUCUUAAGCCAGCCAGGAUGGUUGAAUAAUCCAAUUUUGCUAUUUAGUGAAAACUGCUCUUCAAAAUACAAUUUAUAUCUUAUUCCAAUAACUAAUUUGUUAAUACAUUACCAAUGAUUGCUUUUUUGUAUUAUAAUAAACUUAAAUUGCAUUUUGUUUUUAUUAUACCCUUU